CACACUCACCGCAAUGUCUGCGCUUCGUCUUGCCUCGUCUUUGACUCGGAGGGCACCAAAAGCAUUAACUGCAAGCCGUCGUGGUUAUGCUGAGGCUUCCGACAAAAUUAGGCUUUCCCUUGUCCUUCCCCACCAGGCCAUCUUCUCCUCGACUGAUGUAGUUCAGGUCAACCUCCCCGCUGCGACCGGUGACAUGGGUAUUCUUGCCAACCACGUCGCUAGUAUCGAAGCUCUUCGCCCUGGUGUUGUAGAGGUUAUCGAUUCCGCUAACGCGUCGAAGAAGUUCUUUGUUUCUGGCGGCUUCGCUACUGUACACCCCAACAACAAGCUGACCGUCAACGUCGUCGAGGCCGCCCCGCUUGAGUCCUUUUCCGCCGAGGCUGUUCGUGCUAACCUCCAGGAGGCUCAGCGUGUCGCAAACGGCAAUGGCUCAGAAGAGGACAAGCUUGAAGCGCGCAUUGAGACCGAGGUUUACGAAGCUCUUCAGCAUGCUUUGGGUUGAAUAUGCUAGAGUGUACAGCUCUACUUUUUCCGUCCAUAAUGCAUAGACGUUGAAAAC